AAGAAAAAAAAAAAAUGACAAAAACUUAAAAACUAACAAAGAUCCAUCAAUGAAUCAAUCCAUUGGUGAUGCUAUAAGCGAUGAGUCUAUUCUUUUGAGGUUUCUUUCGAUCAUAUUCAUAGCAUAAUAACCCGUUAACAAAAAAAACGCUGGCAUCAUGCAGAAACUCUGCCACGCCUCCUCUUUCACUCGUAUUUCUCUCUCCUCUCUACUGCGAUGCCAUCCAUUAAUGGCGUCCUCUUCAUUAACUAAACUCCUACCUUCGACAACCGUCUCCAAUCUUCUGGAACCACUGCUAUCAUCUUCUUCUUCGUCAUUGCGUUCUUUCUACUCUCUUCCUCCUUUCGUUUCUAGAACUUUCUCUUCCAAUGUUCUCGACGAAUCUCAAGCUCCUGCUCCCAUCGAUUAUCGUUCUGUGUUACAGGAAGAUGAAUUUCAUCGACUAGCUGAUUCUACCAUCCAUCAUCUUCUCGAGAAAUUGGAGGAAUAUGGUGAUACUGUUGAGAUUGAUGGAUUCGACGUAGAUUAUGGGAAUGGGGUUUUGACCUUGAAGCUUGGGAAUUUGGGAACUUAUGUGGUGAAUAAACAGACGCCAAACAGACAGAUCUGGUUGUCUUCUCCAGUAAGUGGUCCUUCAAGAUUUGACUGGGAUCCUGCUUCUCAAGCUUGGGUUUAUCGUCGAAAUACAGCAAAUUUGUCAGUGAUUCUAGAGAGUGAGCUGGAGCAGGUGUUUGGUAAAUCUGUCAACCUAUUUUAAUCUUUUACUUUUGUGGAAGGGAACUCCCCCUCCCCCUUCUUAUUUAUGUUUCUAAUUGCUUAUUAUUCUAAAAUUUUGUUUUCUUAGGGGGGGUUUGGUUCAAUAUUAUGGAAUGGAAAGGGAAUGGAAUUGUAUAAGGAAAGGAAUGGUAAUAGUAAUUGUUAUUUUUAUUAGGUGUUUGGUUCAAUCAAGUAAUGGAAUCACUUAUUAGAAACUUGUUUUUCUUGUUGCUUGGCUAGCUAUGAAAUUACAAAGUAUAUUUAUUUGAGAACUA